AUGGAUUCUACUUUGCGUCAACCCAAAAAGCGUUUUGUUGGCAGGCGUGCAGCUGAAGCACAGGCUCAAACUGCCCCUGCAAAUGGAGAUCUUGAGUCUACUGCAGUUGAAAAAGCUGCCCCUCGCCGUACUCCACGCACAUUAAACCAAGUCCCACCGGAGAUUUUAAAUGAUCCGGAAAUCCAAGCAGCCAUCGAAUUGCUCCCAAAGAACUACUCCUUCGAGAUUCCGAAGACCAUCCACCGAGUUCGUUCAUCGGGAGCCAAGCGAGUGGCUUUGCAGUUUCCUGAGGGACUACUCAUUUUCGCGACAACUAUUUCCGAUAUUCUUCAACAGUUCUGCCCCGGGAUAGAGACCCUAAUUAUGGGAGAUGUCACAUAUGGAGCCUGCUGUAUUGAUGAUUACACUGCCCGGGCUCUGGGGUGCGACCUCCUGGUCCACUAUGCCCACAGUUGCUUGAUUCCUGUUGAUGUGACCAAAAUUAAGACACUGUAUAUCUUUGUUGAUAUCACUAUUGAUACCAGCCACUUGAUUGCGACCCUUGAACGCAACUUCAAACCUGGUCAGACCAUCGCUACAGUUGGCACUAUCCAAUUCAACGCGACUCUGCAUGGUCUAAAGCCUGUCCUUGAACGUGCAGGCUUCAAUGUCGUCGUCCCUCAAAUCACGCCCCUCUCAAAGGGCGAGAUUCUUGGCUGCACAUCCCCUCAGCUUUCAGAUUCCGAGAUCGAUGUCCUUCUUUACCUUGGGGACGGUCGUUUCCAUCUUGAAUCUGCCAUGAUCCAUAAUCCUUCUAUACCCGCCUACCGCUAUGACCCCUACUCACGCACUUUGACUCGCGAGAACUACGACCAUGAUGAGAUGCACACAAUUCGACGCGAUGCAAUUGCUACCGCUAAAUCCGCUAAGAAGUGGGGAAUUAUUCUGGGCUCUCUUGGUCGUCAAGGAAAUCCCAAUACCAUGGCCAUGAUUGAGCGCCAUCUGGCUGAGCGUGGUAUACCCGUUGUGAAUUUAUUGCUGAGUGAAAUCUUCCCGGGCAAGCUAGCUUCUAUGUCAGAUGUCGAGUGUUGGGUACAAAUCGCUUGCCCUCGACUGAGUAUUGAUUGGGGCUAUGCCUUCACCCGUCCUCUGCUCACUCCAUAUGAGGCGUUGAUCGCACUUGGCGUUCGUGAGAACUGGGACACGGAUAACAAUGGUGUAUACCCCAUGGACUUUUAUGCGAAGGAAGGAUUGGGCCGUACAAAGCCGGAGCAAGGAGUUCAGGCGGCUUAA